UCCGGGCGUUUUUUCAGCGACAGUCAAAAGAGAAACACAAAAAAAUUAACGCCAGAGCUCGAAAGAAAAAUGCAGUAAAGGAAAAUCUGUGCCAGUCUAUAGAGUACGCGUUUCGUUAUUAUCUAUCUAUCUGUCCGUCUUGUGUUUUUAAUGUAGUUUAUGCAGCAUCUCUACUGCAUCUGUGUAAUCAGUAAUCUGUCCAGGAAAAACGAUGGGCCACGGAUGAGCCCCAAUUGGUUUCUUUAACGCAACGAAAUUUAUGCGCGCGCCUGCCAUUGCGACUCCCGCAGUCGAGGCCCCCCAGCAGCAGCACAAGCAGCACCCACACACACGCCCAAGUCCGAGGUCAACUCCCACCCAAUCUCCGCCUGCCUGCGCCCACAAAAUCGGUCGCCCUCAAUAUUGCAAAUGGCAUCAAACAACAAUAACAGCAGCUUUGGCAGCUCUCUUGGAGGCGGUAUCGCCGCUGUCAAUGGAGAUCUAUGGCGCGAAUGCGUCGCCUGGCUAACAAGAUGCAAAAUCAUACCGCCCGACCACAAGGCCGCCUUGCCCGACGCCGAGAUCCGUAUACUGGCCAUGACGCUGCGGGAUGGCGUCCUGUUGUGCAAUUUGGUGAUCCAUCUGGAUCCGAGCAGCAUGGAUCCGCGGGAAUUCAAUCGCAAGCCACAAAUGGCCCAGUUUCUGUGCAGCAAGAACAUCAAGCUCUUCCUGGAUGUCUGUCACAAUAAUUUUGGUAUACGCGAUGCGGAUCUGUUUGAGCCCACCAUGCUCUACGAUCUGACCAACUUCCAUCGGGUGCUGAUCACGCUCUCAAAGCUGUCGCAGUGUCGCAAGGUGCAGCAGCUCCAUCCGGAUCUAGUCGGUUUCAACCUUCUGCUAUCGCCCAGCGAACGUUCCCAUUCGGAUGAGGCCAUUUACAAGGAUCUGCACUCCACUGAAAUGCGAAAAACAAACAGCAUCGAUGCCGCCGUCGUGCCUGCAUCAUCCGCCGCCACCAUCGCCAGGGAAGGAUUCUACGAACGGACUUUGAAGAGCGGCUCUGGGUCCGUGUCGGUUGAGGAUGAGAAUAGCGAUAUAACCAUUGAGAAUGGCACCGAGGACAACGAUAUUGAUGAUAUGGACGACAUCGGCGAUGGGACCAUGGACAAUGACUCGGGCAGUGGCGGCAGCGGCAGUGGCGAUGGCGGUGGCAAUGGUUCCAUGAAAACCCUCUCCUUUGACCUCUCGCUGGACGACACUGCCUCGCUUGAGGGCGUGCCUCUAGCCACAGUCUCCUCACCGCCGGAAACCCUGGCGCCCACACGCACCACUGCUGCCCUCCUGCGGGAGGCACCGAAGCCAAGCACCUCGGAGGCUGCUGCCGAGGCAUUUGCAUCGAAUGCAUCGUUUUGUGCAUCGACACUGUCGCUGUUGCAUGCCUCCAACUCGUCGCUGUUCAUCAACGAGAGCCAGUGGCUGCAGAAGGCCGCUGCCGCAGUCUACAAUUAUCGGUCAUGUCCGUCGACUAGCUCCUCGGAGCAUGAGUACUCGUACAUCUACAGCGAGGACGACGAGAAGGUCUACGAGGAUCUGUGCUAUGUCACCUUCCAAACGAAGCCAAAACCAGAGACAGCCUCAUCGACCAGCUUCGAGCAGCGCGACUACGUGAUACGGGAGCUAAUCGACACAGAGUCCAACUAUCUGGAUGUUCUCAAUGCCCUUAAGUUGAAGUUUAUGGGUCCGCUGGAACGGCAUCUCAACCAGGACGAGCUACGGCUAAUAUUUCCCCGAAUUAGGGAGCUGGCCGACAUUCACACGAGAUUCCUGGAUAGACUGAGAGAAGCCCUAUCGCCCAGCAACAAGCUGAGGAUGGCCCAGGUAUUCAUGGAUUUCCGUGAGCCAUUCCUCAUCUACGGCGAGUACUGCAGCUGCCUGUUGGGUGCCAUCGACUAUCUGGCGGAUGUGUGCAAGAAGAAUCAGAUCAUCGACCAGCUGGUGCAGAAAUGCGAGCGCGAGUACAAUGUGGGAAAGCUGCAGUUGCGCGACAUACUGUCGGUGCCCAUGCAACGCAUCCUAAAGUACCAUCUGUUGCUGGACAAGCUCGUGAAGGAGACGGCGCCACAGCAUGAGGACUACCGCUCGCUGGAGCGGGCCAAGGAGGCCAUGAUCGAUGUGUCGCAGUACAUUAAUGAGGUGAAGCGCGACUCGGACCAUCUGGUUAUCAUACAGAAGGUGAAGGACAGCAUAUUCGAUCUGCACCUGCUCCAGAAUGGCAACGAUCUUCUCCAGUACGGACGCCUCCUCCUCGAUGGGGAGCUGCACAUCAAGGCCCACGAGGAUCAAAAGACCAAGCUCCGGUAUGCCUUUGUCUUUGACAAGAUUCUCAUCAUGGUCAAGUCGUUGCACAUCAAAACGGGGGACAUGCAGUACACAUAUCGCGACUCGCACAACCUGGCCGACUACCGCGUGGAGCAAAGUCACUCGCGACGCACCCUCGGCCGGGAUACGCGCUUCAAAUACCAGCUUUUGUUGGCCCGCAAAUCGGGCAAGACGGCCUUUACGCUGUAUCUCAAGUCGGAGCAUGAGCGGGACAAGUGGCGCAAGGCUCUUACCGAGGCAAUGGAGAGUCUUGACCCUCCUGGCUGCCGCAAUACGGAUCACAAAAUGGAAAUCUUCACGUUCGAUACACCAACAUCAUGCCGGCACUGCUCCAAGUUCUUGAAGGGUCGCAUCCAUCAGGGCUACCGCUGCAAGGUGUGCCUCAUAGCCGUCCACAAGGGCUGCAUCUCGUCGACGGGUCGUUGCAAGCAGAAUCCCAUAACCCAACCGCCGCCCGUCUGCGAUCGCCAGCUAACGGAGUUCAAUUGGUUUGUGGGCAACAUGGACCGCGAGACGGCGGCCAAUCGUCUGGAGAAUCGACGCAUUGGCACGUAUUUGCUGCGGGUACGCCCUCAGGGGCCAUCGACGGCCCAUGAGACGAUGUAUGCCCUGAGCCUAAAAACCGAUGAUCAUGUGAUUAAACAUAUGAAAAUCAAUCAGGAGAUUGGCACAGAGGGCAUGCUCUAUUGCCUGUCGGCACGUAGACAUUUCAAGACCAUUGUCGAGCUGGUUUCCUACUAUGAAAGAAACGAUCUAGGCGAGAAUUUCGCCGGAUUAAAUACAUUAUUGCAGUGGCCAUAUCGUGAAGUAAUAGCCACUGCCCUGUACGAUUACGAACCGAAGCCAGGGAGCAAUCAAUUGCAGCUGCGCACUGAUUGCCAGAUAUUGGUUAUUGGCAAAGAUGGGGACAGCAAGGGCUGGUGGCGUGGAAAGAUUGGUGAUACAGUUGGCUACUUUCCCAAGGAGUACGUGCAGGAGCAUUCGCCUAACGACGAGCUUUGA